CUAUCUUUUGAAUCGUGUUUCUUCUUUAUUGGUCGCAGAUUUAGUAAGGAAGGGUGAGGCGCGAGGUGUGUGGCUACUUUUGGUUCACCGGUCUUGUACCCCGCUGGUGGCGUUCGGACGGCUGAGUCUCAGCCUGAUCAAUGACUGAUAGCAGAAUCUUGAAAAGGCCAGAUUUUUCUCAUUUGAUUUCAUUUCUACAGAUAAUCUUUUCUGGGAGAUUUUGCUAUUCAUUGUAAAUUACUAUCUUCUAUAUCACUAUCGUCUAUCAGCAUAAUGGCGGAUGCAACAGUUAUGCUUGAUUACGGGCAUUCAGAGGACACACACCUUGAUUAUUUAGAGGAAAAAUGCCCUCCCACUCUGCCCGAGCUUCUCGAGAUCAUGACAAUUCAGCGUCCAGGCGAAUCGGGCCAAGACACUGAUCCUGGUGACGAUAUUGCGGUAGCCCGGGGUAUGAAAGCGGAACAACUGAAUCUCUACGAAGGACACCCAAAAUGUUCAUGUUGCAUCAAUUGGGUGGAAGAAUUCCCUGAUGAUAUACAAGAGAAGAUCGAGGCAGCGAAGGGCACUGAGCAGUUCGCCAUCCUGCUGCGCAACCGGAAGUGUCACAAAAAAGGCGCAACUCGCGCACUUGAACUUGAUUCGAUCCUCGUCAAUUCGCCUUUGAUCAAAAAAAUACUCGAUGAAAAGGUAUUCCGAGAUUACCGUGGUGUUACCGCAACUCUAGAGAAGCUGGAGUUUUCUUCUCCAUUCGCACCGUUUCUGCAUCGGUGGGCCGCGUUCCAAGAUGCAUACUACCAGGAGGAAAAUGAGGAAGCGAAAAGUCAUUUGAAGCUGCUGUAUGAUGCCAUCUCCAAGGACAUUAAAGACGUUCUGGAUAGCUUGAAGGACAUGUUGUCCAAGGAUGUAAUCACCUACGACCUGCUCUGGACUAUUUUCAAACCUGGAGACAUCAUUCAUGUUCCCAAACACGAGAGCUUGUAUCUGCUCAAAUCAGCUUCCUACGGGCAAGGCAGCUUCAAUCUACAAUUGGAGUAUGUGUCCUGGAAUGGCGAAAGUUUCGGUUACGAUGAACGAACAUUGCAAAUCGAUAGCAUGGAGGGCACCGUACCAAUACAGGAUCUGCCCAUGUUUCCAUUUCAAUUCGCAAACGAUCCAGAUUCGAUCAAAACUACGUGCAAACUGAGAGGGCAAAGAUUUGUUGAACUCCGAGGCGUUCAUGCUAAAGUACUCAAACGCUCCGGCGCAAGCGAGGUAGAGGCUCUCGGGACGAAGUCCAUAAAACCCCCAAGAUCGCGAGAACGAGUCAUGAUAGAUGCUCAAACUUACUACGAACAUUGCGUUUUCGAAUACAAGCCGAGCUUACGUCCACUUGAUCGAGAUAGCGAUGACCCGAGACCGGUAUGGGAUCUGACCGACGAUGAGCUUUUACUGUGUUCCAGAAUUGUGCGAGGGUUCUCUUUCAAGUCAAAGCAAUGGAUGGCCUUUGCCAUUGACUGGAUCGAAGACAUUACCUGGAACGACGGCAUAUUCGAGAACCUCGUACUCCCUUAUGAUCAAAAGGAUCUCCUUCUAGGCUUUGUACAAUGCCAUCACGGAAUGGAGGAGGACUUUGACGAUUUUGUAGAAGGAAAAGGACGUUCGUUGAUCUUCCUACUAUCUGGAGCUCCGGGUGUGGGAAAAACGCUAACGGCAGAAGGAGUCGCAGAGAAGCUGCACUCACCACUUUACUCCAUUAGCGCAGGCGAGCUUGGUGUAGACGUUGAUACAGUGGAGAGGAAACUACAAGUCGCUCUCGAUGUUGCUAAGCGGUGGGAAGCAGUUCUACUGCUUGACGAGGCCGACAUAUUCCUCGAGCAACGCACUAUCCACGAUCUUCAGCGUAACCGUCUGGUUUCUGUAUUCCUUCGCCAGCUAGAGUACUACGAAGGUUGUCUGUUCCUCACCACAAAUCGAUACCAGGAAAUUGACCGUGCUUUUCAAUCGCGCAUCGAUAUGCAUCUUGAGUAUCCAGAUCUCGAUGAAAGCAGUCGCUUGGCUAUAUGGAAAAAUUUCUUCGCCAUCUCCAAGCGCAAAGUAGAAAUCAGUGAGACCGAACUGCAGGAUUUGUCAAAAGCUAGGAUGAACGGACGGCAAAUCAAAAGCGUCGUCAAACAGGCGCAGUUGUUGGCGGCCAGAUCCAAGAGUGAUACGCUUUAUAUGGAGCAUGUGCAGAGGAUACUGCGGAUAACAAAGCUAGAUACAUAG